AUGGCCGUUUUUGUUUGCAUAAAACAGUUUAAUGCCCGCUUGGGUGACGAGUUGUCACUAAAGGUUGGCGAUAAGGUCGAAGUCUUAGCCGACGACUCCGAGUAUAACGACGGUUGGUAUAUGGGAAAGAACUUGUUGACGGGAGACGUUGGGUUAUACCCAAAACUGUUCACCCACGCGGCGGCUGCGGACGCCGAAGUGGCUCUGGUACAGAAGAAGCUCGCCCAAGUGUCUUUGGAUGAGCCACAAGAUGAGUUUUGCGAUGUCUCAUUUGAGCAAGAGACAAUGAGCCCUAAGGGAGACGUUCUUUCACCCAAAGGCGACGCCAUCCACACUCCGAAGCAAGUGUCCCGAACUGUCACACGCCCCGCCAAUGGUUUCCAUACUCAAACGCCACCUCCUUCGGCGGCUCUCCCUGCCCACCCUAAGACUAAUGGCACUACUACGACUACUACCGCCAGCCCAGCACCUUCAAACACAUUGGCAUCACCUUCACUAAGCUCACGGACCACUAAUGCGGGUGCCAUCGCCGGCCCUCCUAUUGACGACGUGGUAUCGUGGCUGCCUGAUGACGUUGCGAAUUACUUUAGCAAGCAGCUUAAAUUUGACCAAAGUAUUGCCAAUAGCUUCAAACGACACGAGAUCUCGGGACAGAUUUUACUUGAGCUCGAUUUGAGUCACCUCAAAGAGUUAGAAAUUGACCUGUUUGGUACUCGAUUUCAAAUCUAUAAGGAAAUUGAGAAACUUAAGCUGCCUCAAAUUGCUCGUAACAAACUGUUGAGUCGAAGCAACUCAGCGCGCUUGCGUCAAAAAGACCUGAAGCUGACUAUCACCGAUGCCCAGAAGCUGCUGCCCUCUCGCACGGUUUCUCCCCACUCCAAUAUUAACGGUGCUAAUGAUGUAUUCCAUUCUGAUGGGCCUCCGGCUGCCUCGGUACCACCUCAUCAAAAUUCUGAUAUUUUCCAGACACCCAAGCAGCAGCAGCAGCAGCAGCAUGCGAGUCAUCGUCAUGCUGACCGACCCGUUGAACGCCACCUUGAGUCUCUUGGUGCUCACUCGAAGCCACCUGCUUCUUCAUCACAAGCGUCUAAAUACCCUACUCUGUACAAGCCGAAAGUAUCGGCAGCUCCAUCAAAUGCGUACAGCAGUACGCCAUCAUCGGGUGAAGGUUUGAUUUCGCCCUCAGCACCCAGUCAGAGUCAAGCAAGCCCCUACCAAGCGAGUCCUAAUGCCUAUCCUUCAAAUGACUUCGCCACUCUGCCUGCUUAUCCUCCUGGGUAUUCCUCAUUAUUGGGUGGACCGCCCCCUAUCAAUGGUACUCCUAACCGUGGAGCCAGUGUCAGCUCAAAAGCAUCCCAUGGUGCGACUAGUCACGAUGCUCUGUUCUCCCGUCCGCCUGGAACUGUGGGGGAAGGUGGGCGCCCGACAUCGCUGAUUUAUGACCUGCCGCCGACUCGGUCCCAUUCGUCGCAACAUCAACGCCAAGCGCUGAAUAAUCUGCACGCCCUGGAAAUAACAAUCCUGACACAAACUACAGCGAAGCCGCUAGUAACACCCUCAGUACGUCUGUCACUGAUACAGCGCCCAUAUUCAACGAUGGAGCCUAUGGACCGAGCGGCUUCGAUGCUUUCAUUUGCGCUGGAAGAUGGUAAACUGCAGCUUCCAAAGCUGGCGGCAACGGUUAAUGCCGUAGCCGCGGCUGCAGCCGCGGCCAGUGGUACCGUCAGCAGUGUGCCUGGAACCUUUGGUGAAAUCAAUAACGGUAUUGGUGGCCAGCCUGAACGCCACCAACUGGAUCCUUACCGACCGAGUUUAUCUACGAAUCACCGUGACCCUAAUGCUCCAACCCCACCCCCAAAAGAUCGUACUCUGAUGUAUCGACGGCGGGAAAAAAACCGGACUAACGAUGAGAUUCUGGUUACCCCACUGCGCCAACUGGUCUAUCGUCCCGAACCGCUGGAUUUACCUCGUCUCGACACUUCCGCUGCGUCCAAUACUACCAUCAGUUCGUCAGCGCCGCCUCAUGGUCCCCUUGAAUCUAAACGCAAGGGCCCCACUAAGCUCACCCUGCCUGCAAAGGUGAAGCGAGCACUGGGGAUUUUUAGCCCUAAACAACGCAAGCUGAUGAGUUUCGACGCUCUGCCUGAUGUUGGCGAAGAGGACGAUGACGAGAUGCCUCUUGCACCGCCACUGAUGUUGGGUGAACUGCGACUGCUGCUGGCCCCGACACCAUCGUCGACUGGGUCUAACGUAUCACCCAUUACCGCCGAUCCUUUGAAGCCGCUGAGGCUCAAGACGCUUAGGACAACAUCCACUCAAAAUUUCAAGCAGCUAGGCGCGGGAGGCAAAAAGCAGAAGACGCUGGCCUUCCAAGAAGGGAUACAAGAAGUACUGCCGGAAGUGCUGGCAAAACUGGCUCUGUUUUCGGGGUGGAUGCUGAAACGUCUGAGCAACUCAUUGCUGUGGCGCCUGCGGUUCUUUGUUUUACACGGCACACGACUUCUGUACUUCACGCUGCUCAAAGAUAAGCGGGAAAAGGGCUUGAUUGAUAUCACUGCUCAUCGGGUGAUGCCAGUGACUCUGGAAAAAGGUAAAGGCGAUGAAGACAGCAGCAAUGAUAAGUACAUUGCUCUCUAUGCUGCGCUGACAGGAUAUGGGCGAUACUGUUUCAAGUUGGUGCCCCCUGCCCCUGGCUUCAAAAAGGGACUCACCUUCACUCAGCCUAAGGUGCAUUAUUUUGCCGUUGACUCUCCCGAGGAGAUGCGUGGCUGGCUUAAGGCAUUGAUGGCGGCGACCAUUGACAUUGACGACCUGGUUCCAGUGGUACUGCUGUGUCUGACGCCGACGGUCCUGUUAGCCAAGGCACAAGAGUUGUUGGCCAAAGCACGCGAGGAAACUCGUCAAAAGGAUUUGGAGUUAAGAUCCAAGGGGGUGAUCCAAGACAUUGAUGAAAUGCUGCCGCUGGACUACACUCAGUUUCUUCACGAUCAUUCGUUCGAUUUACCAGGCCUGCCCCUCAACGACCUGCACGAUGACACUACGGUAUCGAGCACAGGAGGUGGAUUACUCAGCGUCGGAGGCCUGCUCAACCGAUCGAAGCUUAGCCAUGACCCUCAUGACUCCACAGGCAUGCUCGCGCAACUGCCGCUGAGCCCUCUGAUUGAUGCUUCAGGGGGAUUCACCUCUCCAUACAUGUUAGCGGGUGGAAUGAUGCUGCCGAGGCUGCCAAGAGUAGCGUCACCCACUGAUACCACCCCGCAACGUCUGGACUACUUUAGCGACCCACAUUUACUGAUGAUGACGUCGCUGACAGGUGAAGGUAAGGACCGGCUACUAAUUGAUGCCACGCCCAAGCUGGCGCUGCUGGGUACGGUGCACCGCCAACCAAGCGUAGCGCUGAAGGUACUUAGUUACACUUCAGAUGCUGCGGGCAACUUAACGUUUCAAAUGAAGAAGAAACCUCAAUAA